AUGGCUGCAGGUGGAGAGGGAGACCUGGCGAGGUUUGUUUGUUGUUGGAAGUUGGAAAACGGCAAUGCAAUGCACUGGCACUGGUGGUCUCCCACAGACAGAGAGACAGCCAGUCGGUUGACCGAACAAGACGGGGGGGAAUAUGUAAGGCUGGGAGGCUAUAGUUCGGUCGUCGGGCCCAGAGCGGCAGGUUUUGUUGUGAUAAGCUGCGAGGAGGAUUUUCCCGUGCCCUCGAAACUCUGA